CUCUCUCCCUCCCUCACACACACACACACACAUACGCGCACGCGCGCUUUCACACACAUUCAUACGCCAGAGCUGACACUGCAGCAGAAAAACAGCCUGGUAGCGAAAGAGAGGGACUCCAUCGGCUGUGAGAGAGAAGGACUGUCUUCAUGGAGGCUCUCUCGAGGAGUACCUGACCAGAGGCAAUGGGCUGUGUGUGUGUGUGUUAAUGUGUGUGUGUUAAUGUGUUAGGUCUGUGUGUGUGUGUGUGUGUGUGUGUGUGUGUGUGUGUGUGUGUGUGUGUGUGUGUGUGUGUGUGUGUGUGUGUGUGUGUGUGUGUGUGUGUGUGUGAGAGAGAGAGAGAGAGCGAGAGCACCACAGCAAGAGAAGCAGCACUGCAGAUACUGACUGAGUCCGGGGCUCGGCUUGGAGCAUCGACGGAGAAACGAAGAUCCAUUGCUCUCAACCUCUGUGUGUGUGUGUGUGUGUGUGUGUGUGUGUGUGUGUGUGUGUGUGUGUGUGUGUGUGUGUGUGUGUGUCAGUGAACGUGUAUGUUUGUGUAAGAGCUGGUGUGUCAUUCACUGCUCUGCCUGCAUAUCCGUAUCGUCGGCCCUGUCCCAGAAUGCUUCAUUCUGCGCCCCUGUGCUGAGGAGGCGUUGGGCAGUAUGGACGCUGAGCUGGCCGGGACCCCCCCCCACGGAUCUAGGCUGCCCCCCCGGGACGGGCACACACCGCACCCCUGCUGAUGGGCGAGGACACUGACACCACCCGAACACUGAACCACAGCUUCCUCCGAGACCACAACUAUGUGACUGAAGGGCUGCUCGUGGCUUUAGCCUGAAGAGCCCGCCCCGCCUCCUCCCCUCUCCCGGACUCCUCCCCCAGGAUGUUGAACCCUAUCCAGGUCCUGUGCUCCGACAUCACUUCCCUCUCUCUGGAGCCCGAGCCGUUUGCCUCUUACACUGAAGCUGAUAUCAUCUCCACUGUAGAGUUCAACCACACUGGAGAGCUCCUGGCCACGGGGGACAAGGGGGGGCGUGUGGUCAUCUUCCAGAGGGAACAUGAGUGUAAGACAGAGCCAUUCUCCCAGGGGGAGUAUAAUGUCUACAACACGUUCCAGAGUCAUGAGCCGGAGUUUGACUACCUGAAGAGUCUGGAGAUAGAGGAGAAGAUCAACAAGAUACGAUGGCUGCCUCAGCAGAACGCCGCCCACUUCCUCCUCUCCACCAAUGAUAAGACCGUUAAGCUGUGGAAGGUGAGUGAGCGGGACAAGAGGCCUGAAGGCUACAACCUGAAGGAUGAGGAGGGCAGGAUGAAGAAUCUCUCCACUGUCACCUCACUACAGGUGCCGGUGUUGAAGCCCAUGGAUCUGAUGGUGGAGGUGAGUCCUCGGCGUGUCUUUGCCAACGCCCACACCUACCAUGUCAACUCCAUCUCCGUCAACUCUGACCACGAGACCUACAUGUCAGCUGACGACCUGAGGAUCAACCUCUGGCAUCUGGGCAUCACCGACCGCAGCUUCAACAUCGUGGACAUCAAGCCAGUGAACAUGGAGGAUCUAACAGAGGUAAUAACAGCAGCAGAGUUCCAUCCUCACCACUGUAACCUGUUGGUCUAUAGCAGCAGUAAAGGAACUCUACGGCUCUGUGACAUGAGAGAGGCCGCACUGUGUGACAAACACUCCAAACUGUUUGAGGAGCCGGAAGACCCCAGUAACCGCUCAUUCUUCUCGGAGAUCAUCUCGUCUGUGUCGGACGUCAAGUUCAGCCACAGCGGGCGCUACCUGCUGACCAGAGACUACCUCACCGCCAAGGUGUGGGACCUCAACAUGGAGAACAAGCCCCUGGAGAUAUACCAGGUGCAUGACUACCUCCGCAGCAAGCUUUGCUCCCUGUACGAGAAUGACUGCAUCUUCGACAAGUUUGAGUGUGCCUGGAACGGCUCAGACAGUGUGAUCAUGACUGGGGCCUACAACAAUUUCUUCCGGAUGUUUGACCGGAACACCAACCGUGACGUGACCCUGGAGGCGUCCAGGGAGAGCAGUAAGCCCCGGGCCGUGCUCAAGCCUCGGCGCGUCUGCCAGGGCGGGAAACGACGCAAGGAUGACAUCAGCGUGGACAGCCUGGACUUCACCAAGAAGAUCCUGCACACGGCCUGGCACCCCACGGAGAACAUCAUCGCCAUCGCUGCCACCAACAACCUGUACAUCUUCCAGGACAAACUCAACCAGGAGAUGCAUGGCUGAGAGAGAGAGAGAGAGAGAGCAGGAGGCUGGAGACAUACACACUGAUGCACACAUUCAUUCAGACAGUAAGGCAAGCAAGAACAUGUAACACACGCGCACACACACACAUUCUCUCUCUGGAUGACAGGGAGAUGCUGUAAAGACACACACUCCACAGUUCUCAGUGGAUGGACCGGUCCACCCUAGGACCAGACAGGGGGAGCUGGAUAACCCAAUAAGAAUGAUGCUGGAUUAUGGUUUAUGGAAUUGUAAAUCAUGGAUGUGUUGACUGUUGACCUCUGGAUUGUGGCUGAUCUGAUGGUGUUUGUUUUGCUAUUGGUCAUUUUUGCAUUCUGAGGGGUUUGACCUCUUGACAGGAGGAGCUUUCACAUGUGUCUGUCUUUUUCUGAUCAUCUGCCUCUGCCUCUUCCUCUUCUUCCCCUUCCUCCUCCCUCUGUUUCUGUACAUGCCUGUGCUCAGUCCUCUCCUACGGUCUGGGUUGAUUCUUGACGUUGGUGUAAAAAACCCUUUGUGGUUCCUGGUGGUAACUAGUGAAAAUGUUUGCGGAAUGUUCGAAGUCUAAUUAUAUAUUUUUUGUUAAAUCAUGUUACAUUUUUUAAUUAUCAUUAAUGAUGAUGAUGAUGGUAAAAGUGAUGACAAUGACAGUUAAUGGUACAUGAGACAUUAGUCAGUAGGACAUUGGGUUCCACAAGGCUGACUGUCACACCUAGGUGACAUUUAAUCCUGAUGUUUCAGUUGAUUGUGAAGACUGCUGGGGAACUUGGCUGUGUCAUGUGCUACUUUGCAAUGAAACACAAGGAAUGAAGCAAAAAUCAAGUCCAACAAUCAAGCAAAAUAUAUGCUGCAUGAUGGAUUUUUUUUUUGUUUAUAUAAAUUUACUGGCUGCCUUUCUAACCAUAAACAGGCUGUAAAAAGGCUUCUGGGGCUCUGCCUCUACACAGCACUAGUUACCAUAGACAACAACAAAGAGCUCUCCUUUUGUUUGUGUUUACCGGACACAAAAGGCAUGUUUACCAGUGUUCAGUUUUACGGUGUACAUUUGAAAUGAAGCCCAAAUAAUACAUAGGUUUUAAAUGAAGAUACUGAACCAGAGGUAUGGGGAAUGUUUUAUCAACAUUGUUAUCUAAACCUUUAAAAGAAUGUUUUAUUAAUGUUGUAAUCUACACCUUUAAAGGAAUGUUUUAUUAACGUUGUAAUCUAAACCUUUAAAGGAACGUUUUAUCAGGGUUGUAAUCUAAACCUUUAAAGGAAUGUUUAAUCAACGUUGUAAUCUAAACCUUUAAAGGAACGUUUUAUCAGGGUUGUAAUCUAAACCUUUAAAGGAACGUUUUAUCAGGGUUGUAAUCUAAACCUUUAAAGGAAUGUUUUAUUAACGUUGUAAUCUAAACCUUUAAAGGGCCUAAAUGGUAUCUGAUGGAUAUUCAACUCUUUUUGACAUUUCUAGGUUUUUUGUUUCGGAUCAAGAACCAAGAGUGCAGAGCCAAUCAUCUCUGACGAUGGUGUUCAUAGCAACGAGAGAGAGAUUAUUAAACUCUUCCCUCUAGCCUUUCAACAAAUUCAGAUUUUUUUUUAGAACAGUUAUUGUUUAUUUAUAUAUUUUUUAAACAUCUGUCACUUGUUUGAUUUCAUGUCCUGCUGCCCUGGCAUUGAUUCACAUAUUUUGUGUUCAUGUAUUUUCAAUGGAAAAAAAAUCUCAUGAACAAUUACGAAUAUGUUAAUGUUAUUUUUUUUUCCUGAAUAAAGAUUUCAACAAAAUUGCAUCCUA